AUGCUAGAUAAAACUGAAGGUCCGGUCGGGGAAGUGGGCGGCGUCAGGCUGCCGUUGCAGUCAUUACAUGGGUACGGAUCUGUGUUCAUGUACUCGGCGUCGACGAGUCCCGGGGGUGGAGGUGGCCAGGGUGGCGGAGGCGGAGGCGAAGUGACCCUCCGCCUCCGCGAACCCGAGGACAUUCCCGAAGAAGUUCUUGCACGCCUCGAGGACACAGCCACCCUCUCCAUCUCUCUUCAAGGCGACGCAGUGCUGAGGCUGGGGGCGGCUGGCACUGGCAAUGGGAAUUUAGAACUGUUCGAUAGUGAGAGCGGGCCGGACCUCACACUAUCACCUCAGACCUUCACGUCGACGGCGGAGGCCUUCAUCAAUGACAAUAGCGAUAGUCUUGGUGUUCCAGGAGACAACGAUACGGGUAGCAGCGAAGAAUCGAGACCUGGGGGUGGUGAUCCUGGAAAGUUGGGAGUGAAGAAACCAAGACCGAAGGCUUCGUCGCCCAACCGACAGGGACCACAGCAAUGCCAGGUCUGCGGCAAGGUGUUCAACAACGCAUCGGCGCUCACGAAGCACAAGCUGACGCACAGCGACGAGAGGAAGUACGUGUGCACGAUGUGCGGCAAGGCGUUCAAGCGGCAGGACCACUUGAACGGGCACAUGCUGACGCAUCGGAACAAAAAGCCGUACGAGUGCAAGGCGGAGGGAUGCGGCAAAUCGUAUUGCGACGCGAGAAGUCUGAGAAGGCAUACGGAGAAUCAUCAUGCUGGUAGCAAGGUGAACGAAAGCGUUAGUCCUAGCAGUCCAACCACCGGUCCUCAUACACCGAACACACCAGGGAGCAAUCCCAGCACGCCCAGCACGCCAGGUGCAACGUCGACAACGAAUGGCCACGGACAUCCGGCUUUGAAGCAACUGCUCGCCACAGAACCGACACAGGCGCAACAGCAAAAG